AUGAGCACCCAGUACAAGAAACACAUUAUCUUCACCGGCGGCUCCAGCGGGAUCGGCUACGAAGCGACCAAGGUGCUUGCCGCCGACCCCGAGACGCACAUUGUCGUUUUGAGUCGCAGCCCGCCGAAGGACCUCCCGGACAACGUCGAGUUCCACAAAUUUGAUCUUUCAGACCCCGAAUCUGUCCGCUCAUGUGCCGAGUGGUGGCCAUACCCGCCUGCCGACGCCUUCGUCGGGUGCGCAGGAAUCGGCGGCACACCCAAAGUCACUUACAUCCAGGAUGGCAUCGAGCAGACCUUCGCAACAAACCACCUCGGCCAUGCGCUGCUCAUCUUUCUCCUCAACGACCGAGGCGCCUUUGCUCCCAACGCGCGAAUCUCCUUCGUGGGCUCGUCACUCCACGAUCCCGAGAACCCUAGCUCGCUCAAGCCGUAUUGA